AUAUUGUGAUGAAGUACCUUGCAUUCCUGGUUCAAGUGCCAUGAUGGUUGGAAAAAAAGUGGGUGGGCCUGCAUUGGGUUGGAGACAACUUUAGCAGAUUCAAUAACCCAUUCCUUGCCUGCUUAACAUGGAGAAGGGUUAGUUAAAAUUUCCCAAUCAUUCUCAUAGGCUGUACAGUUUAUAAUCCACCUUUUCUGUUUUACAGAGUAAGGAAAAAAAUAAUUUCUAUUCGGUCAAUUUAACAUACUGGGGAAGUAUUUACUAAUAAAUGAAAGGGUUACAGUAUGAGGUCAGUCCUGGGUAUGACUCUAAACUGCAACCGGUGAUGAGGCUCUGAUUGGGGACUUUCAGAGCUUUGGGGUAAGUCGAGUUACCCCUUAGUCAUUCAUUGUUCCCAGGAACGGUAGCAGCUGCAAGGGUUCCUGCUCAGGAUACGAGCGAAGGCCAACGGCAGAUCCGGCAGGUUCAGUAACUGAACUUAUGAUGGAGAAGGCGGAUGAGCUAUGACCUCAAAUGACAAUGGCUAACAUUUGGGAAGAGAAAUGGCGAUUUCUUUAGUUAGCCCAAAGGUAGGCGAUAGCAAAUCACCAUUGCUAUUUGCUAAGAAAACCAUGGUCAAACUCACAAAAUGUAUCAUACAACAACAGGGUCAAGAGGAUCUUCAAGACAAUUCUGAAGAUGCUUCGCUCGGUAUGGUUGAUUCUGGCCAGCAGGGAAUCCCCGACCGUCAUCAAGCUACUGCUCAUAAAAUUCAAGCAACACAAAAGAAAAUUAUUACCACUUGGAAUGUAAGAACGUAAUAUCAAGCAGGAAGAUUGGACAAUGUGAUAAAUGAAAUGGAAAGACUAAAGAUUAACAUUAUGGGAAUUAGUGAAGUUCAUUGGAUAGGUGCUGGAACAUGUCAGAUUAGAAAUAAAACACUAGUUUAUUCUUGUGGAACACCCCAUACUGAUGGAGUACGAAUUCUUAUGGAUGAAAACAUGGCAAAAAGUGUUUUAGGACAUUGGGCAAUAUCAGAAAGAGUGCUCCUUGUUAGAUUCAGAGGACAACCAUUUGAUUUAGCAAUUAUACAGGUAUAUGCACCAACAACAGAUGGAACAAAUGAAGAUAUAGAUAAAUUCUACGAAGAGCUUGAACAAGUAAAGAAUGGAUGCAGAUCUCAAGAUACUGUUAUUGUCAUGAGAGAUCUAAAUGCUAAAGUAGGACAAGGUGCUGAUGGAAAUACCAGAGGAAAAUUUGGACGAGGGGAAAGAAAUGAAAGAGCUCCUGAGAAUGACUAUUGCAAAACAACGUUUAGGUGAUGAAGAAGUUGGGUCUCGCCAUUUUCCUGCACAUGAACGUGAAGAUCUUGUUCAGCAGUUGGAAAAAACACAUGAGCAGAUUGAACGGUUGGAUCACGACUACCAAGCAGCAAUGGAUGAGCUUCAGGAUGUUAAGGUUGAGCGCUCUUUUUACCAGGAGAAAUCUGACCGUCUAAAUCAAGAGAUUAACCAUAUUCUUGGAGGACAUGAAAACCGUAUAAUUGAUGUUGAUGCAUUGUGCAUGGAGAACAGAUAUCUGCACGAGCAUUUGAAGCAGAUCCAGGAAGAAGUCAACAUCCUUAAGAAUAACAUUUCUAAAUACAAGAAUGCUCUUGAAUGUAAAAAGAACACAAAGUCAAAUGGAAGAGGCAACAGUAGUGCCCUUACAGGGGUUCUUUCUGCCAAGCAAGUGCAAGAGCUUUUGUCAGAAGAUCAUGGCUGCAGUCUGCCAGCUACACCACAGUCCAUCUCAGAUCUGAAAUCAUUGGCGACUGCUUUACUUGAGACAAUUCAUGACAAGAACAUGGUCCUUCAACAUCAACGCCAGACUAACAGGAUUCUAGGCAAUCGUGUGGCUGAGCUAGAAAAAAAGCUAAGAACCCUGGAAGUUUCUGGUUUGUGGAGUCUUCCGGGAGGGAGAGAAACUAUAACAUUAACUGAUGCUACCAUUCCUGGGGAUGAAGGACCAAAAUCUGCUAUGUUUGAGGAUAUUCAAUCACAGCUGCAGCAGAAUGAUCAAUUAAAAGAUCACAGGACUCCACCUCAUCUUGCAGCACUAGAACUGACCAGUGAAGAGCAAAAAUCCACUGGGUCUGAAGAAAUGCAAGUGGAACAAGCUAAUAAUUGUGGAAGUCCAGUACUUUUGCCUCUAGAAACAGAUGCCCAAACAGUGGACUCACCAGUAUCCCAAUCUCAGUCAGGAAAUGAAAUAACAAAAAUGGCUGAAAAGUUAGUUACUACUGAAUUAAGCGAUGGCAGUAACGAAACAAGUGCUUCAGAAAUGCAGUUUAUUGAAAAAUCUCACAAUCAUGAUGGUCUUUCAUCUGAAUUGAAAUCCUUCAUUGCCAGUCCAGAAUCGGCCAAACAGUCUAAUUCUGAAUGUGACCAGUGGAAUCAAAAUAAAACAACUAAUGAACCAUUGGAUAAUCUUGGAGAUAACACAACUUUUGUGUCAUUAAAUAUGACUUCCAAAAGAAAUUCGGAUUCUCAACAGCACAGCUUGGUGACUACAGAUCCACAGUCAAUAUCUGAGAGUAAUACGGAAAAUACUGGAGAAAAUCACAGAGAACAUGUGGCAUAGUUCAUAUUUUGUUUAUUCCUAUAGUUUAAAGAUUAUGAUAAAACUUAUAAAUUUAAUUUGAGAUCAACAAGAAACAGUAGUUUCCUUGAAAACUCUUCUGGACGUGCUGGCAAGUUUCUAUAUUGUGUGCAGUUAUCUGAAUUACACGAAGAAGGAACUCUUUCCAUAUUUUUUACUUCAAAAUAGAAUAAAUAAUCACAAUGAUUAGUAACUAUUGAAAAAAAGUUAGGAUAGUGUGUUAAUUAAAACAAUUUUCUGCUUCCUUUCUGACAGGUUUCAGUUUAUAGCACUUUUUCUCUUUCACCUAAGUAAGGGAGUCAUAUUCUAAUCAUUCUAUACUUUAAACUAAAAAGAAUCUGUGGAUAAAGUUUUAAGAGGAGUUUUAUUUUUCUCUGUUCUGUUUCAUAAUGUUUCUCUUGCAUACAAAUUUGUCCAGUCACUUGAACUAAAGGUGCAAUAUCGAAGUUGCUAUGUAUUAUGUGCAUAUGUCCUGAUGUGGUUCCAUUGACUUCAAUAGAAGCAGAGUCCAACAUGGGAAUACUGGUUGAACACCCCAGCAUGUUCCUCUGCUUUGAUUGACUUGUAACAUCAGGAAAUCUAACUUCUGCUUUGUUCUAACAAUUGCAAAUCAUAAGAGAAAUUUUAAUUUGCAAAGUUAGUUAAUGAUUUUUGAGUAGAUCUUUUCUCUGAAGCACUUUCACAUAAAAGAAUAUUCUCUCCACAGAUGCUUACUAGCUGGUGCUUUUUCAGCACCUCUUUGCCUGAUUUGCAGCAAGUUCUGUUUUAAUUUUUGCAGAUUAUGAUUUCUCUGGUAUAUAUUGCAGAGUUAUAUGGACUGUGAUAUAGGAUUGUAGUGCUGAUUACAUAAAUAAGAUCAUUUUUCUUGGAAUAAAUCAAGAGAUUUGUUCCUUUCAGUUUUUCUAAUUAUUGCUGGUGAUGUACAGUACAGUCACUAAUAUUAAUUAUUGGCAGGCAGGAGCCAAUGACACCAAAAUGUAAAAGUUUUAUUAUUCAUGAGUUUAAAAACAUGUAUUUCAUACUUCUAAUUUUAAGAAAAAAUGGGGACAUCAACAAGAGGAAGUGGUGUUCUCAAUAUUGCAAAAUUUCUGUAUUUCAUUCAUAAUCAAGUCUAUGGCAUCUGGAGAAUUUGAUUAUUGUACUAAUAGGAAUUAUUUAUUUUAAUUAUAAAUUAAUUUUACUAAUUAACAUGGAUAUUUUGCAACAGACAAAAACUAUGGAAUUUUAGAGCACAUAUUCUGAAAGUGGUAAUAAAGUAAUGGGAACUAGUAACUAUCAAGGGCAGGGAAGUAUAAUGUGGGAGAAAUGGAGGUCGCUACCAAUCACUUAAAUGCAAAGAAUCAGCAACAAGGCUAUCACUUUAUUUGGAUUGGUAACUCUUAGUUAAUUUUACAUGGAGGUAUGCGUUCAUGGCAUUCCAAGAAUCAUUAAGGCUCAAAAGCUGUGUUUUUGAAAGUAAUAAUGGCAAAAAUAACUGGACAACCAUUUUAAGGUUAGCUAUAAGUAGGUAAGGGUAUAGCAAUGGCUUUUUAAAGAUUACCUUCUAUGCCAUUGAUUGUAUAAUCAAAAAUAAUAAUAAUUUUGGCAGUAAUUACACCUUGCAGCUAAAUUAAGAGCAGCACUCUGCAAGAUCAUGGUCUGAAAAAAAUUCAUCAUAAGUUGAUUGAAUCUGAGGGGAAUAUUUGUCUGAGUAAAUGAUUGUGUUUUCAUGUUAGUUUGUAUGUUCUUUAUAACUUUAUUAGUGAUAGAAGUCAUAUUUGUCAUAAUAUUUAUUAUUUUCUUCAAUUUCUUUUGUGUUUGAUGGCUUUUCCUACAGAAAAGGACUGUGCUAUUAUUUUACUUGAAAGUUGAUUGAUUGAAGUUUUAUUAUUGGCUGCAUGUCUUCAGGCAUCUCACAUUGAAAGUUCUUUUUCUGAUCAACUCAAACUGAACAUAGGUGGAUUUUCUUCUAAAUAUCUUAGUCUCAAAAUAAGAAUCAUCUUCACAGGGAAUACACAUCUUAAAGAGAGAUUAUUGCCAAUUAGAAUUCUUAAAUAAAUUUAGGUCUGGAAAGUUAUUUAGAAUGGCAGAUAAGGUAUUAAUUAAUUACCAAUUGCCUAAAGGCCUUGGUAUUUUGUAGAACUUUAAAAAACAUGUUAUUUUAUUAUUUUUUAACAUUUUUAAAAGGGAUGUUACUUCAGUGUACUGGACUUGGAUGUUACAUUGUUUGAUGAAGUAUCAUUGACCAUAUAUCAAAAGAAAAGAUUGUCUUGUCAGUUUCUAAAGCACAUCUCUUAAGUGGUCUUCCUUAUGAACUGGCAAUCUGUAAUCUUUAUCUUUGAUAAAUUAGUUCAAUUCUCUGAAUAUGUUUUUAUUGUAUUUAUUUUUUUCACGCAAGCUCUGUAAGAGAUCAUUUUUAUUUUGAAUCUUAAACUUUGGUGAUGAUUUGUGAGUUCCAAUAGGGCAGAUUUCCAUUACCUGAAUGGUAUACCCCUGUGUUACAAUAGUUUUUUGUAUGAAAAUAAAUCACUUGUUUGAGGGGACGGCAAACUCAGCGGAAAGUUAAUUUGAUCUGAAGGGUGUGGGUGUGAAUAUUUGAAUAGCUUGUGAAUUUCUUCCACCAUUUCCAAUCAUCUUUAUAUUUGUCCUAUGGCCCUCCACUGAGACUAUCAUGUUACUAAUUCCCCUUCUCAAGUUGAUCUUUUUAUUGCACCAUUUUGGUUCCAACUUCAAUUGUAUUGAACAGUUUGAUAAAGGGAGAGGCAAUUAUCACUUUCUCCUCCAGGUGGUGUUUUGUUAUGUGACAAGAUUCCAAAGUUCAAAGUAAAUUUAUCCAAGGCUACUGACAGCUCUUUCAUGUGCUAAUUUCUUGUGCUUAGCCAUCUCUAUUGCUAUUAAUCUAUUGUUUAAUUGGAUUUAUCCCAGUUUUGUCAUGCCAGAGGGUUAAAUACUGAAACACUGGAGUUACAUCUGCCUUUUCUCCAAACUAGUUGUUUAAUAUUCUCCACUGUCCAACAUUUACCUUUUAACCAACAUUAGGUUCGUCAUUUGUUGCAUUUUGCAUGCAAAUUGUCUGGUCCAAUUCACUUGUAUUUCAGUAAAUACACAUAAAAAUUAAUUUAAAAAAUCAUCAGCCAAGUAGCACUUUCAAGCUUGAUGAGGUUGUAAAUAAUUUAUUUGCUUUUUGUUCAUCAUUUUCUCCUCUCUAUAUUCUGCCCAAUGGCCGAGUGUGAGCACAGUUUGUCAUGAUGUCACAGUGACCUCGCUAUCAGAUUGAACACAGUGUCUGUAUUAAUAACAUUGGCAUUUCUGCACCUGACAGCCUUCAAAGCGACACAAAAGAAACAAUAUUCAUGUCAAAAACACAGGCAUACAUGUGAAUGUGUCAUAUUAAAUCAAUUAGCAAUGAAUAGAUUUAUAGAAUGGAAAUAAAACAUUCAUUUGGUUAUACCCUGCCAAUGUAGGUUUCUUCUAACAUUCUGCUAAUGGAUGAACAUAGUGUUUGCUGGAAUUGAAACUCUUGAAUAUAAAAGGUAUAUCUGGAACUUUGCAGAUUCCAACCACAGGAAUAGUUAAUUACCUCUAUGUCUUUUUAUUGGGAGACUUUGAACAAAACUGUGUAAAAUAUGCAAACAACAGAAAUUCUGCAGAUGCUGGAAAUUCAAGCAACAUACAUCAAAGUUGCUGGUGAACGCAGCAGGCCAGGCAGCACCUCUAGGAAGAGGUACAGUCGACG